UAAGACUAUUUUAUUAACAAAGGGUUUUAAUAUAGUGAAGUAAAACGGCAGGGAAGCGCUCUUUGGAGCUUGGUGGUAGAACCGGGACUCAGGUGAUCACAGUCCUAUGCUGCACUAGCGUUCACUGUGACUGUCCUCUGACAAUUAACUGAAGAAGACGUCAAUCCACUGGGCACAUACGUCAAUUCAACGUCUAUUCCACGUUGGUUCAACGUCAUUUCAUUGAAAUUAGGUGGAAAUAACGUUGAUUCAACUAGUGUGUGCCCAGUGGGAAGCCUCUAACACGAUGACACUCAAGAUAACCAUGCCAGGAAAACAAAGUGGGUCUACAUUCUCUCAGCUGAGACUCUUUCUUUGUUUCCUGAUGUAUUGCUGGGGUCUAGCUGAUCCAGCAUGUGGCUGGACAGGUCUUUUCUGAGCAACGUCAAUCGUCUCAACUUGAGCGGCAUUGAGAUGUCUUUCGAGAGGAUGGGUAUGGUGCUGCAGACUGUCAACUCAUCAUUAGUCCAUCUGAGAUUGCAUGACCUCGUCAACGGCUCAAGGCUCAAGAUCAAGGCUCUCACUGAUAUUGCCUGCCGUAUACCUACACUCAGUGUGCUCCGGCUGGAAUAUAACAACAUAGGUAAUCUCUCUGAGGAAUUUCUACAGUCAUGUAAACACCUGACAGAAGUGGACAUAUCAAAUACUGGUCUUACUCAGCUGUCUGACUUUUCAUUCAGAUCAAUAGAGCAAUUAAGUGCUUUGAAACUGGGCCACAAUAGGCUUUCUUCCGUGCCAAAGGCCACAAAAAAUCUACCGACACUGAAGAUCCUGGAUCUCAGCUUCAAUAUCAUCAAUAAACUAGGCUGCUCAGAUUUCUCCAAUCUUACAGAACUCACACAACUCAUUAUUUUCCACAAUCAAAUCCCCAACCUUCCGGGAUGUGUUUUCCAGGAUUUGAAAGAAUUAAGGAUCCUUAAAAUGGGAUCAAACAAAAUCCUGACCUUGAAUGAUGCCUUCAUGAAUACUUUGCACAAACUUGAGACUUUGAACUUGGCAAGCAAUAAACUGAGCUCUAUCAGAAAAGGAGAGUUUAAAAGCUUAACAUCACUCAAGACUUUACUUUUAUUUGACAAUCAGAUUGCCAGCAUGGAAGAUGGAGCCUUUGAGGGAUUGGUCAACCUUACAGAACUUAAACUGGGCUCAAAUAAGAUCACUCAAAUAGGCAUACGAAAUACUGUGCUCACAGGACUCCCACUCUUAAAAAGUCUUGAUAUAUCCUGUAAUUACAUCACAUAUGUAAAUGAUGAUAAACUAAACCCUCCACCCUUCUCUCAUCUGACAUCUCUGGAGAACCUCAGGAUAUUUAGUCAGCGUCACAAGGGACUGUCUCAUCUACCUAUCAACUUCCUUGAAGGACUGAAAUCUUUAUUGUCAUUCCAGGCAGGGAGUCUUAAUAUUAAGGAGCUGUACCCAGGCACAUUCAUUUACACACCCCGGUUGUGGUUCCUUGAUAUCAGUAAGAAUGAGUUCACAGCCCUCACUCCAAAGCUGUUUCACCCAAUCCCAAGGCUCAACAGCCUGUACCUGACCAAAGCCCGAAUUCAGUCCUUAGAUUUCCUCAUAGGAGCAAACCUCAGUAGAGUCACUUUAUUGCAGGUGAGCAAGAACGACAUAACAGUAGUCAAUGAGACAGUGUUGCGUUCUCUCCCUGCCUUGACAUACCUGGACAUGCAAGAUAAUGCUUUCACCUGUGGCUGCAGCGAUGCUUGGUUUGUCCAGUGGAUGGAGAGCGACAACCAAACACAAGUUGUUGGUGCAGGAGAAUUUACUUGCAACUAUCCUGCCGAUCUAAAGGACACCAAGCUGUUGGAUGUUGAGCUUCAGUUCUGUAUAGUACGCUUAGGACUUUACUACUACAUCUCUACCACUUGUCUGGUCCUCCUCACCCUGAUAGCAUCCUUUGCCUACCACUUCCUGAAAUGGCAGGUAAUUUACAGCUAUUACCUCUUCCUGGCUUUCCUCUAUGACACCAAGCAAAGGAAUAAGCACACGCCUCAUGGCUGUCAGUACGAUGCCUUCAUCUCCUACAACGCCCACGAUGAGCCCUGGGUCCUGAGGGAGCUUCUGCCAGAGCUGGAGGGAGAGCAGGGCUGGAAGCUGUGUCUCCACCACCGGGACUUCCAGCCAGGCAAACCAAUCAUAGACAACAUUAUGGACGGCAUCUACGGAAGCCGCAAGACCAUCUGUGUGAUCAGCCGCCGCUACCUGGAGAGUGAGUGGUGCUCCCGGGAGAUCCAGGUGGCCAGCUUCCGGCUCUUUGAUGAGCAGAAGGACGUCCUGAUUCUGGUGUUCCUGGAGGAGAUCCCUACCCACCAGCUGUCACCCUACCACCGGAUGAGGAAGCUGGUGAAGAGACGCACCUACUUGAGUUGGCCCAGAGCUGGGGUGCACACUGGGGUCUUCUGGCAGCAACUACGGCUGGCUUUAGAGACCAAGGACGGCCCUGCUGAGGAAAAUCCCAUCCUCUCUGGUGUGCAGGCUCUGUGAUAGUGAAACCUUGAUUUGAAACAACCAUCACAUUUUAGUCAUUUACAUUUUAGUCAU